UCUCGCAGCUCCAUAGGCUGCUGUUCUUUUUCUUCUUCACCCCCGACCCCCUCGCUGGAGGACUUUACCAGCCGUGCUGAGGAGGACAUCCCGCUGGAUCCGUCGCCGGGCUCCAGCCUCUUGGGCACCCACCUCAUAGUGCGCCAGCACCGACGUGAUCAGCAGCCCAACCGUCGACUGUAUCUUAUAUGGGCCGCUGGCGAACUGUUGGUGCGCGGCCAACUUCCAGGCGCUGCGUCCCUUGGCCCCGUAGAAGGUGCCCCUAGUGUCGCCAAUGGUGGCGGCAUCGACGGAGGAUCGCACGCUGCAGCAUCGUUCCCAACGCACCCCACCACCAGCGGAGCUCCCUCUCUGCCUUCCGCUGCUGCUGCGGCUGGCGGCGAUGACGGUACCGCUGUGGAGCGUGUCGUUGCCGACAGUGGUGCGGCGGCGGCAGAAGCAGGCGCAUCUGCGCCAGCAGCGUCGGAAAGAGCUCGGCAACAUCGUGGACGGGGGAACACUUGGCCUCAGCAUGUCGUUCUCUGCCGCCGCCGACCGCACUGGUGUGGAAAGCCUCAUGGGCACCUUGGCAUCGUCGUCUAGCCGCAGCGUACGACUGGCCUUGGAGUCACGUUCCUUUCGCAGGCGAGUGUCAUGCGCAAGGCCUCGUCGCUGCUGUGCGGCCUCUGCUAGCACAACAUAUUUGGCAUAGUCGACCGCUGCGUCGGCAUUGCGGAGUCGACACUGCUUGUAUGCUGCCAGCUUGUCGAGGACGAGGCUGCCGCCCCCUCGAUGUACGACCGGCUUCCCACGUCGCCGUCAUCCUCGCAUAUCGUGUGCGAGUUUAGUUCUCAGCUUGCCCAUGUUAGCCCGUUCGUUGAGGGCGAGUUUCUGCUAGACAUUGGCCAUGCCUUCAACUUGCCCUUCGACUAUUUCUUUGUCUGCGCUGCACGGCCCCACAGCUCACUGCGACUCAUCGUGACUGCCUUUACUGAGGGUGCCGCCGCGGAGGGGUUGCAGGCGCCCGUCGCGUAUGCCUGCGUCUCGCUCUCCAUCGCCAGCCCCGGUCGCCCUACAGUCACAGCGCGGAUGUGGGCACCCCACAAGGUCGGUGUGGAGUUUCUCCGCACCCCGCUGGUUGGUGGUGCACCAGGGCCGGUGGAUGCACGUCAGGCGGGCCCUGCCCCGACACACCACAUGGCAAUCAACGUGAAGGAGGCCCUCUACGUUGACAGCGUUGGCACACUGCACAUCACAGUGAAUGUACUCCACACCACACAAGCAGAGAGGCAAUCGCUAAGGCAUGCAGCAGUGCGUUCUUUCUGCGGCGAUAGAUGUGGCAUCUCCGCCAUUCAUCCAUGUUGCCUGCCGUGUAGAACGAGUUCCUCUGCGCCUGUGCUUGUGGUUGCCCACAGCCCACCUUGA